AGCCCUAUUGCAGGCAGAGGCAUUUUGCCUGAGGUCCCAGUCCCCUGGUUGUCCUCACUAAAGGAUACGUUACAGAGCCCAGGGCUCAUGUAGCAGGACACUUUACACAGAUAGGACAAGGGGUAAUGAUUUUAAACUAAAAGAGGGUAGAUUUAAACUAGAUAUAAGGAAGAAAUUUUUUACAAAGAGGGUGGUGAAACACUGGCACAGGUUGCCCAGAGAGGUGGUAGAUGCCCCAUCCCUGGAAACAUUCAAGGUCGGGUUGGACGGGGCUCUGAGCAACCUGAUCGAGUUGAAGAUGUCCCUGCUCAUUGCAGGGGGGUUGGACUAGAUGACCUUUAAAGGUGCCUUCCAACCCAAACCAGUCUAUGAUUCUAUGACUCAGGGCUAUCACUCUGCUUUAUGUACUAGCUCAUUUAUUAUUCCUCUCCCACCAUUUGCCUCUUCCAGCAACGCACCUGGAAGACAGCACAUCCACCUCUCCAUUCUCAUCACGCCUGUUCCUCGCUGGCCAGCUAACGCGAUGCUUAUACCUACCACAGCUGCACCCAACUCUGAAGGCAAGGAUGAACCAAAACACCUCCCAGGCUACAGAUGCUCAGCAUGGAAAAGCUGUACUAGAGUGGGCAAUACUGGACUGAGAUUGUGGUGGCUGGAGAGCACCUGACAGCCCAGGAGACAAGCAUGGCCACCUCUCCUUUCUGGUAUGUACACAAACUGUCUGAGCAUGUCUGUGAGCUGGUCACCACAAACCCCCUGAAACUGCUCUCACAGACAGCAGCGCUCAGAGUCAGCCCUUCAUCGCAUCAUAGUGACAAGUAAUUUGGGACUUUUCACUCAGCCCCAGUCCCAAAUCCUGCCCCCUCUCUGACUACUUGUUUGCAUCUCUGUCACACCAUCAGCUGCUUCCCCCUGGGCAUCCCUUCCUUCUUGCUUUCUGCCCUCUUUCUCAACCCCAACAGCCUUCCCUCGGCUACAAAGCACUGGCCUGACAGUAUAACUGCUGGCCAUGACAGUGUCCCUGUCUUCAGAUGUCCUUUAGAUGGUGGGUGCGAAGAUCUUUUGUCCCCAGGGGCUGCCAGACCAAGAUGACGACCUCCCGCGGACAAGAUGUCCUCCAGGUGAUUGCUGGGGCUGGGAACCAUUUCCAUCCUGGGCAGCAGAUCCAACAGGGCGCUCGAACAUAUGGCCCACCCUGUUUCCUUACCAUAGCCUUGAACUGUGCCCAGCAUGGGAGCCUUUUACUUGUUCAGAAAAUAUAGGAAAUAACCAGUGAAUCAUAAAAUUCACACUGAACUUUGGAGUUCACAGAGUGCCUGUGGGGAAUGCAGGAGUGUUUCCAUGGCCAUGGGCUGCCACAUCACACAGGCCUUGUAGAAAAGAAUCUUGUAAGGAAGAAAGAGGAGGAUGCACUGCUGCUGCUGUCCAGGCCUGGUCUGGGCCUCCAAACGGGGGGCGGGAAGUUUGGGAUCUGGGUACCCAUCUCCUAGCAUCUCGCAGAAGAAGGGUAACAGAAUCUGAGUAACAUCUUAGAAAACUACAGCCGUGGAAUAUUUAAAAGGUUUAACCCACAGAACAAUCUGUCUUUUGAAGUGCAAAUGGCCGAGAGCUCCCUACCAGCCCAGAGGCAGAUGAAGUCCAAGGACCCUGCUCCCAUCGCUGCAGCUUGGACCCCGCUGCCCCUGCCCCCCCUUGCCCACACAGACCAGGCUCUUGCUCCUCAGCAACUGCCUGGUUCGACUCAGCAACGCUGGAGAGCCUGGAAAUUACACUGGGCUUGCAAAAACUCAGGUAAGGAGCCCUUUGCUGUUGUGCCUCUGCAGUGUCAUCCCCGCAGGCGAGUCUUCCAGCCCAGUGAGCACUGCUCCAUCCCAGUCCCCCCUCGCCGUGGGCUUCAGCAGCAGCAGCGGUCAAACGGUUGCGGGGUGCUUUAGAAAGACCAACCCCGGGCAACAGGCAAAUCCAGCAGGCUUGACGGGAUGCUGCUGUUCAAGAGCGCAGUGGGCGAAGGAGGAAAGCUCCCAAAAGAAAUGAGUGGGAGUCCGGUGCCGUUUGUGAGAGCAACGCUGAUGGAGGGGACCUCUGGGACUCCGCUUAGCAAAAGCAGAGCAGCGUGAUAGUGAGCUCUGCAAGCAGGGACUUUGGAGAAUUAAUUGCAGUUUUGGAAGUUUUUCCCAUUUUUAAACCUGACUCAAUUGGCAAAAUGCCUGCACCAGUUCCAGAACUGUGGAACUACAUCCCAGAAGAAAUCCUCAUCCAAAUUUUCUAUUAUCUUUCUCUUCGAGAUAGAUACACGGUCUUCCAGGUGUGCAGACAGUGGGCUACAGCUGUUUCUUCUAGCUCUGUUUGGCAUUUCACAGAGAUCAGCUGUGACUCAGAGGAUGAGGAAGGCAUGCUGCAGAGCCUGCUCCAGUUCCUCAGCCAAAUCAAACACCUGAAAAUUGUGUUUGACCAGUCCAAGGAGGUCAACCGGAAGAAUGUGACACGCAUCUUGGAUAUGUUGGCAAAACAGAACCACAAGCUGCAGCAGCUGUGCAUUGUGUGCCAUGGGGAGAAUCCCUAUUUCUACUCUGGCCAGGACAUCCUACAGAGCAUACGGAAUAUAUGUGAUGCUAAAACCCAGAUAGAUCUGCAGCAUAUUGAUUUUCGAAAAAUGCCCUUCACUCUCGAUGGUGAGCUUGUUGAACUCUUAGCUACCACCAACCCAAACUUGCACAGUUUGUUCAUCAACAACCGCACCCUGGUAUGCAACGUGGCACCAGACGCCAUUAGGAAGGUUCUCAGAGCGUGUCCCAGGCUCUCAGCCUUGGGGGUUUACUAUGCCAGUUUGUCUGACGAUGUAUUUCAGGAACUGCUAAAGCCCGAAAGAGCAGCUUUUACCCAUUUAGACAUUUUCUGUGAGCGCCUGGACAAAUAUAUAACGGUCAUCUCAGAAGAGCUCUGGGCUGCUGUAAGUCAAAAGCAUCCUCAACUCUGUGUAGACCUAGAGUUUGAUCAUACGGUCCCUGCCUGCAAAAUACCACAGAUCCUAAAGCUGAAUAUACCUGUGAGCACGCUGCAACUUAAUACCUAUAAUUACAUGGUCAGUCAGAUUAGGUUUGUCACCCAGAGCUACAGCAGUACUUUAAAGAAGCUGACACUGCAAACCACAUCCUCGGAGGACUUAAAUUCCUCGCUAGUAGAUCUGGCUAGGCAUUGCAGAAAUCUGUUGGAGAUCCACUGCUACUGUGUGGUCAGCCAGGAGGUGGUAGAAGCGUUCCUCACGCACUGCCCCAGUCUGAAACAAUACACUCUGAAAGUCACCAAGGAACGGCACCCCUGGAAACCAGUAACAGUCCAGUGACCAGCUCCUACUGACUUCCUGGGGAAAUCGUGGGGAUCUGCAAGAGGACAUGGAAAGAAGAUCUAGGGCUGUAAGGAAAAUGCUGCCAAAUGCCCUCUGCGCUCACUGAGAACAUGCUGUUUCACCAGCACUGGCUGUUACAUAUGAUGCAUACCUGAUCUGCAGGCCAAGCAUUUACACUCAAAUGUGAUAGAGAAAACAUUAUACAGAGAAAUACAAUUGGCCACCUUUUUUUUUUUUUGUCUUUUUUUUCUUUAUGGGGGUAUGUAGGGCAGGUCUUUUUUCUUCUCUGCUUCUUUAUUUAGCAGGAAUGCCCAGUUUACCCUUUGCAGGUUUUUACUUAGGACCUCAGUGGAAUUUAAUUUUGAUUUUACAUUUUAAAAGAAUCUCAAGUUGUGUCAGCACCUACGUGUUGCCCAGCAACUACUUAAAUAGGCAGUUACGGAAGUGGCAGCUUCAAUGCAGCCAUUUUAUGCCCAGUGGGGUACUUAGCCGUGCAGAUUCAGUGAGCUAUAGCAAUGAACUGUGGUCAUCUGAUGGAAAAUUCCCUUUAACCUUGAUAAUGCCUCUUCUGGCAUUUCAGUGAUGGUAAGCUUACCCCUUAUCCAGUCGUCGGGUAACUUCCAGCUUGGAGGGAUAUAACGGGAGCUGAAUUAUGUUAGAAAAUACAAGCAAAAGAAAAAGCACUUAAGGAAAAAUAUUCACAAGGUAGUAAUAAAAGGCAUGUGGCCUGCAAAUUUCUGUGUCCAUCUUGUCUUUCUUUUGCUCAGGAAUGCAGGUUUCCAGGUUAUAAUUUGAAUGCCUUUUGGAAAGACCUUUGCUUUUAUUACAUUGUUAGUGUUUCUUAGGAGAAUCAAGAGUGUUGACAGUUUUUGCAUCUGCUUUCUGCAUUCACAUGCAAGUUACCUUGCAUCUGAAUUAGGAUAUGUGUGUGUUGGUCUGUUGUACCAAAGGUUUUGGUGAAAGUUAUUUGAAGAGCAGUUUCUGAGUUGAAAUGAUCCUGGCAUAAAGCUACACUGUGAGCACCUAUUUAGAGCUACCUAAAGCAUUA